AUGUCAACCACGAAGGAUGUCAUCACAGACAAUGUCCAGGAAACUGGAUCAAUGAGCGAAGCAAAAGCCCCGGCAGCUCCCCCGAGCAGUCGUGAUGAACCCAAAGAGAGCAUCGAAGGCUCCGAUGAGCCGGUUCCUCACUUGCACGCAAAGACGUUUCUCACAGUCUUUGCCGUCUGCUUCAUCUACUUUGCUCAACUCAUCAACGUUGUCGGCGCCGGAGCUCAAACCCAAAACAUCGCCGCCGUACUGGGGGAGAGCGACAAGAGCGUCUGGCUAACCUCCACAAUCGCCAUCAUGACAGUCGUCCUCUCCCCCAUCGUCUCCCAAGCCGCAGACUACUGGGGCCGCCGCUGGUUCCUCAUCGGCCUCACGGCCUGCGGCGUCGUCGGCUCCAUCGUCGUAGCCCGCGCCUCCACGAUGGGCAUGGCCAUCGCCGGCUUCACAAUCACGGGCUGCUCCUACGGCGCCCAACCCCUCCUCCACGCCGUCGCCUCAGAGGUCCUACCCCGACGCUACCGCCCGUGGGCACAAGCGGCCGAUAAUCUGUCGGCCGCAAUGGGAGGCCUGGUGGCGCUCCUAGCCGGCGGCGCGCUCACGCGCAACGGCAACGCCGCGGGUGUGAGGAAUUACUGGUACAUGGCGACGGCCAUCUACUUUGUCGCCACGGCCCUCGUCCUGACAUUGUACAACCCACCAAAGACGGCAAAUGAGACACGCUUCAGCGUCUCUGAGAAGCUUGCGAAGCUCGAUUGGGUUGGGUACGCUCUCUUGUCCUCGGGCCUGGUGCUCUUCUGCAUGGGCCUGUCAUGGUCUCAGAACCCCUAUCCCUGGACCGACGCGCACACUGUCGCGCCGUUCGUCGUCGGCUGCGCGCUCUGCAUCGCUCUGGCCAUGUACGAGACGCGCUCCAAGAAGGACGGCAUGUUCCACCACGGGCUCUUCAGGAAUGGACGCAACUUCCCCAUCGCGCUGGUCUGCGUCUUCGUGGAGGGUCUUGUCUUCUUCGCGGCCAAUAAUUACUUUGCUUUCCAGGUCGGCGUGCUCUAUGAGACGGACUCAUUGCGCACCGGGCUCCGGUAUGGUGUUACCAUGAUUGUCUAUGGCGUCUCGGCUGUCUUGGCUGGGUUAUGGUGCUCGAAGACACGUAACGUCCGCUGGCCUACCGUCGUGGCGUUUGUGUCCAUGAUUAUCUUCUUCGUGUGCAUGGCUACGACUACACCGAGCACCUCCGACCCUGUCUGGGGCUACCCCGUGUUCUUGGGUAUCGGGCUGGGUAUCUGCUUAUGCACACUCGUCACGAUUGCACAGCUGUCUACUCCUCCGGAACUCAUUGCCAUCACCAGUGGUCUGAUGAUUGGCGUGAGAUCUUUGGGCGGAUCCAUCGGUCUCGCAAUUUACAACGCCAUCAUCACCGACCAGCUCUCGAGAAUGCCUAGCAAUAUUGCUGCGGCUGUUCUGCCCCUUGGACUUCCUCAAACGUCUCUUGGACAAUUUAUUGGUCUCUUGGUCGCUCAUGAUAACGCUGCAUUGAGUCAAGUUGAGGGAGUCACACUGGACAUCAUCCAGGCAGGUGCUGGUGCGCUUCUGCAAACUUACAGCCUUGGCUUCCGUUACGUUUGGAUCGCUGCCGGCUCUAUUACAGUUGUCGCUGCCAUCGGUGCUUUCUUCCUCGUUGAGCUUGAAAAUGAGUUCAACAUGCACAUCGACGCUCCGGCUGAGAAGGAAGAUGAUUUGUACUCGAAGUAA